GCUUCACGCGUAUUUCUUCCGUUACCUCCACGACCACGCGUCCUCAUCAUGGCGUCCAAUGCACGAAAUAAAACCGCUGAAACAUCGACUGCAGGGGGCGUAAGGCGGGGUAGAAGUAAUGAAACGACAGGUAGAAAGCUCGUAACUUCGAGCAUCGCUAGUACCAAUAGACCUAGCAAGACAGUCCUUCGUGACCAGCAUGCCAUUCCAUCUCACCGUACCCUUAGUUCCUCGACGGUAAACAGAACACUCAGGCCAACACAAUCUGUGAAACCAGCAGUGCCAUUGUCGAAGGCAGCCUCCCGGCCAGUCAGGCACGAUGUACCUGCAUUAUCUGCUUCUCGAGCCCCUGCAUCAACACGAUCGGACGCUCUCCGAAUUGCGGCGGAAGCGUACUCAUGGCAGUACAUGACUGCUACUCUGCAACACGUUCAUAAACUUACUGAGCGAUCGACCUUGAACUCACUACAGGAUCGUUCGAACGAACUUGCAGCCGAAGAGGCACUGGUCGCUGAUGCUCGAGUCCGAUUCGAAGCUGAACAAAUCUUGGAAUUUUGCGACGAAUUAUCAGACUCGCAGUUCUCCACGGAACUCCCGGAGCUGUUUCAGAAUUUCCUACGUCUGGCAUCAGCUCACCGUGAAAGCAUUUCCAGUGCUCUCAAGCUCUCGCCGGAUGUGCUAGACGCAACUUCCAUCCGGCGCUGCAAUGAUUGUCUUCUUACAAUAGAUAAUAUUAUACAACAGGCGCGACAUGUAGAAUCUCAGGCGACUCGACUCGCCAAACUUUGCGAAGGAGCACAAAGCAGGACUCACGAGUUACUAAAAUCAAUGCUUCUCGUCGUUCAUGAUCAGCUGGUUACCCUUGAAAAUGCUCGCUCUCUCGUGGAAUGUCAGAAAUCAAAUACCCGAACGCGAGUGCAACUAGAAUCAUUGCUCAUUGAAUGAACUCACUAACCACUCACCUACUCUACAGGCGUCGUAGAUUCCACUCCUUUGGACACUGGCAUUGCAUGUCAUGCUGCCUAUCCAAAACCCACGUAGAACGUCGAACACAACUAACACUGGCUUUGCAUCGUAUUGUACCCAACAUUAACCUCUCUAUUCGUCGCUUUCGACGGACAAGUAUAGCAACAACUUGUACAUUCCCAACAACACGAUGCUGCAACUGCAAAUUCCGAGCAUCAUGAUUCUUGUCACACUCAGGGAGGUCCGACCACUCUUUGACACAGCCUUUCCGUCAUCACCAGCGCAGGCCAGAACUCCCCUGGCAUCCUUCUCAAAGAGAUCAGCCGUAUGCGCGACAACACCGGGGUCUGUGCCCACGAUGACACCCCAAGAGCCAUGACGCAUCACUUGCACGUAGGAGUCGGCACUCUGAUCGUCUGCUCCUAGGUUCGGAUUGUGUACGAGGGCAGUAUAGAACCCUUCGUCUCGUGCUUUCCUCGUGAACUCUGUCAGUUCAUCUCGCCGAGCACAGAAGACAUAUGCCAGCGGUGUACUGUUUCCGAUCCACGACACAGUCCUCUUGAGUUUCGUCGUAAGGCUGGAUGAAGUGGAAGCGGAUGAGAUGGACGAUGACGAGGCAUCGGACGGCUUGGUGACUUUGAUGCGAGGGAUGGGAGGGGCUCUGGAUGUGGAUGGACGCGGGUACGAAUUGUCUAUCUCAGGAUCCUUCUUGACACUUGCGAGAUGUACGUGUACAGAAGAAACAGACGAAUCAUAUGACACGGGCGCCGAGAGGUCUCCUUUGGAAGUUUGAAAGACCAGCGGAUGGGCAUCUGAUUCUUCCUUCUUCGCACCAUGUCUACUUCCACUUGCAGUAGGAGUAAUUGGUGGUGGUAUAUUGAAAUUGACAUUCCUC